AACUUGACCAUAUUAUAAUCAAUUUUUCGCGAUCGUAUCACCGCGAUAAAGGUAAUUACAUUGGGUAUUAGAUAAUAUAAUAGAUUAAUAUAAGUGACGCAUUACGAAGAAUCAAAAGACUCGGGUCGCGUAUAAAUAUAAUCCGAUUUCCAGUCGCUUAUUCACUUUGUCGAUUUCAUACCGGUCCGCCAUGAAGCUCUUGGCAGUGACAGUUCUCCUAAGCAUAUCGGCUUGCGUUUACGGUGGACCCACGGCCAGGGUCGUCGGUGGCAAGGACGCAGCCGAGGGCCAGUAUUCUUACCAGGUGCAGCUCAUUCACAUUGGUCUUGGAUUCGCCUGUGGCGGAUCUAUCCUCAGCAAGCGUUACAUUCUCACAGCCGCUCAUUGCUUGGCGAUAGCGCAAGAGCCAUCGGAAUUCCAGGUAAUCGUUGGUACGACCAAACGAGGAGGCGAAAACGGGGCCGUUUAUCAAGUGGAUUCUUUUGUGGCGCACGAAGACUACACUAUGGUUCAUGGUGCCGUUGGUCCAGUCAACGACAUCGGACUCCUUCAUUUGGCUAAGGACAUUCGGUACGGAAAAAAUGUUCAACCGGUCAAACUACCCUCAAACGCCAACACGUUUGAAAACGACGUAGCGACUUUGACCGGAUGGGGUAGCUUGAAAAUUAUGGGUCAGAGUCCAAUCAAUCUGCAAGAGAUUCAGUUGAAGGUCCUCGAUUCUCGCACGUGCAAUCAAACCUGGGUCGACUUCGUCGGAGAGAAAAUCGAUAAGAGCAAAAUUUGCACUACUUCCAGGGUCGGACAAGGCGCUUGUCAUGGAGACUCCGGCGGUCCCUUGGUGCUCGAUGGAACACAAAUCGGCAUAGUUUCCUACGGCUGGCCCUGCGGCACUGGCGUUCCAGAUGUAUUCACAAGGGUCUCGAGCUAUCUUGAUUGGAUCAAGAAACAUUCCGUAUAGAUCUUGUGUAAAUAACUAGACUGCAAUGAAAUAAUAAAUAAUUAUACAUACAAUUUUAA